UUGUAGCUGCUGCAGUUUCUCAUUUAGAAUAGCUGGUGGAUCAUCUGACCAAGAAACUGAAUAUAAAAGUAAAAAGCAUGUUAACAGCAAAGUGUGGGAAAAGAACUGAUGAUCUACAUUCUUCAGAAUGAGUUUCUGAGAAGAGUUAAUCAUGGUUAUAACAGAAACGAGAAGUACAGUUGAUUAAACCUGCAGUAACAGGAUGUUAGUUCUGCAAAAAAAGGCUGAGAGCAAUUCUCUUUAAAAGCAAUGAUGCUUUUUCAUAGUAAGAAUAUGUAACUUUGAGGUUAAGGUCCCACACUCGGAUGAUUACAUUGUUUUUAAUUAGAAAUGAGCACAAUAAGAUAAGGAACUCAGAGGUGAUUUUAUACAAGCCUUUACAGCUAAACCUUCUAAUGGCUUUCCACAUACAACUAUACUGUGAACUAAUAAUGUUCAUAGCCUGUUAAUACCUCGCAACCUUUGACAUCUUUCUAUAUAUAUUAAAUAUCUUUCAUCAGUAGGGAUGAUUAAUUUUGUGUGUUAUGAUGAAAACCCCAGACUUCCUGUGAAGACCGACACCUCAGAUGUAUUUCCCUUUAAAGAAUGCAGAGUCCCUAUAGGGUUAGUUCUCUAAACUGCAGCCAGCCAGAGAGCACAUAACUCAAGAUGAAAUGUGAAUUUAAUGGAACUCUGCUGAAGAGUGUGCUCCCUCCACUGCUGGUGACAGAGUUUGUAUUUGGAGUUCUUGGCAAUGGUUUGGCUCUGUGGAUCUUCUGCUUCCACCUGAAGCCCUGGAAGAGCAGCACAGUGUUACUCUUCAACCUGGCAAUGGCUGAUUUUCUGCUCAACAUGGCUUUACCUUUCCGAACCAGCUACUACAUCUCUGAGCUCAACUGGAUUUUUGGAGAUAUAUUCUGCAACAUCUGCCUCUUCAUGUUGGCAAUGAAUCGCAGUGGAAGUGCCUUCUUCUUGAUGGCUAUCGCUGUGGACAGGUACAUGCGUGUGGUGCAUCCCCAUCAUCCCAUCAACUCUUUGAGUGUCUCGAAAGCCAUGCUUGGAGCAUUUGCAAUAUGGUUACUCACCAUUUCAAUGAACGCUCAUAUCUUCACUUUGGAACAUGGCAACAUGACCAAAAAAUACUGUGAAAGCUUCAUGGUUGAUACUGAUCAUCAGCGUAAUUUGAUUUGGCGCAAGUCUGAGUUUGUCUUGUCCUUCUACAUGCCUCUGUGUGUCAUCCUCUACUGCACUGUCCACAUUAUCAGCCACCUGAGAGGGAGACAGCUCGCUCAGCACGCAAAGAUCAAGAAGGCUCUGUGCGUCAUCACAGUGGUGGUGGUGCUCUUCAUCAUUUGCUUUCUCCCGAGCAACAUCACACAGCUGCUGAUUUGGAUCAAGACCCGACAGUUAGCCAGCACCCUCAACAAAUCUGAAGUCUGUUCUGCCUUGGAGAACCUGACCAUCGUAUUCUACAUCACCAUUAGCCUGACCUAUCUCAACAGCAUGUUGGAUCCUGUGGUCUAUUACUUCUCCAGCCCUGUCUUCAAGAACAUCUGCCGGAAAGCUCUUCAUCUGCCCCAAGCAGACCCUACUGAGAGUACAGAGAAGAAAACUCGAGAAACAGGAUCCCAGACGCUCAGCCAGCUGUGAUCACAAAACCAAAAUUAAGGAAAUUAAGAGAUCCACUCUGGAGCUAAGAUUUUGUCAUGUGAGUGCUUCAGCCAACAAGAUAUUUUUUACCUGUCUUACAAUUAUCAAGUGUUUAUUGCACUGCACUUUUUAAAAGUAUUGAUUGCCUUUGUAGAACAUAUGCUUGUGUAAAGCUGUGAAAUUAUUUACGUUGUAAGACUACUUGUGUUGAAUUAUUUGUUGAAAGAUUAUAUAACUAUAAACUGUUGGAACACAGUGCAACAGCAGCAAAAGUGGAGAAAGCUCAGUCUGUUAUAGAACAAUAUCUGGUUACAUUAACUCAGAUUGAACGAACAUAAGCUACUGGUCACAGCAGACUGAGCAAAACCCUGAAUGUAUUGAACUGAAUAAGUUAUCAUCUCACGUGUGAAAGGAAGAAUGUGUUUGUAUGUAUCUCUUUCAAAAGUCACAGUUUUGCUUUAUUUCAACAUAAAAAUACUUUUCAUUUAUUUUUUUUCUUUGGUCAAUGCAUUAACUUCUCUGCUCGAACAGCUAAUAAAGAUUUUUUUAUCCUCAUCAUAGCAAUAAAUCAUGUUUUCCUGGAUUAUGUCAUUUGAUUUUCACAUUACAUGAAGUGCACACAUGUUCUUAUACAUAGAUAUAAUACAUAGAA